AUGGAAGAUGGUCAAUCAGAAGCACAACAACCACAAACAGAACCGCAACCUUUCGAUGCACCAGGUGUUUCAUACUCUUCACAAGAUGCUCCUCAGGACGACUUCAAAGAGGAGGUUCACGAUCAAAGUCAACCAGUCGUACCACCAACGCCUGCAGGUAUUGAACCAAUCGUACUUUCAAAUGGUACCAAACUUCCACCACGUUCUGCUGCGUUUGGUAUUCCUGCAGGUCCACCAUUCUCAUUCAAUCAAUUGAAAUUUGUCUCUUCACUUGUUAAGCAAUUGAAAAAGAUGAAGGCGGCUGUACCUUUCCUUUCACCUGUUGAUUACAUUUCAAUGGGUAUUCCACAUUACCCUGAAGUUAUUUCAGAACCUUCUGAUUUAGGCACAGUUGAUAGAAAAGUGCAAAAGACUAUUAAAGCAGAGGAGGGAGGUUAUUAUAACUUCAACGACUGGGAGACCGAUGUCCGUAGAAUCUUCAGAAACACAGAAUGGUUCAACGGUCAUGAGCACCCAGUUUCAAAAAUGGGUAAACAAGUUGAGGAAUCUUUCGACAAACAAUUAAAGAAGAUGCCACCUAGCACCAACGAUGCUGUUCCUUCAACUAGCAGAGGAAGAGGAGCACCAAGACGCUCACAAGAAACUGGUAGACCACGUAGAGAAGUUCAUCAUCCAGCUAUGACCCAAAACGAUCCUAACCGGUCGAAGAGGCGAAAGACUACGGCAUAUGGUCGCAAUGGAACUGCUGAUCAAAUGCGCCACUGUGCAUACAUCUUGAAAGAGCUUCAUAAGAAAGUACACUCAUCAUAUGCAUCACCAUUCUAUGACCCUGUUGAUUACAUUGCACUUGGAUUACCUGAUUAUCCUCAAGUAGUCCAACAGCCAAUGGAUUUGUCUACAGUUGGUCAGAAGCUGAACUUGGGCGACUACGAAGGUCCAUCAGAUUUCUUUGGUGAUAUGAAGUUGAUGUUUGGAAAUUGCUACAAGUAUAACCCACCUGGUACACCUGUUCAUGAAGCUGGUCGUCAAACUGAAGCGGUCUUUGAUGAAAAAUGGACACAAUUACCACCAUUAUCAACACCACUUGAAAUUUCAGAUGAUGAAAACUCUGAUGCCGUUAAAGCACUCCAACGUCAAAUUGAAGAUAUGCAGAAGUCAUUAACAGAUAUUAAGAAGAAGGGCACAGGUGCACCAGAAAGAGUUUCAACUGGUGGUGGUGGUAGUGGUAGAGGUGGAAAGAGAGGCUCAACAGGUGGUCAAGUUGGUAGACCACGUAGGAAGAGCUAUGAUGAGGAUGACGAGAAUUAUCAAAUCCCAGAGAUAACUUUCGAUAUGAAAAAGGAAUUGGCAGGAAAGAUCCAACAACUAGAAGGUGAUCAAUUAGAUAAGGCUAUAAAGAUUAUCUAUGAGACACUCGAUCUUGACAACAAUAGUGAUGAGAUUGAACUAGAUAUCGAUGUUUUGCCAGUUAAGACGUUGCAGAAGUUGUAUAUGUUUGUCGUCAAACCACAAAAACAAAAGAGAGGACCAUACAAUAAGCAACACGUCGAUGUAGAUUUACAACCAAGACCACCAAAACGUGCAGGUACGGGUGGUGUUAAAAGGAAAUCUAUGAAUGAAGAUGAAGAAGCUUUAAAAAUCCAAGCAUUAGAAGCAAAAUUGAAAUCUUUUGAAGGUGUUACAGAUAUACAACUUAACCAACCAACUACGAUACCUGAAAAUGACGAAGCAAGUUCAGGUUCUGAUAGUGAUUCAGUUGUUUCAGAAGAUUCAGGUAGUGAAUCAGAUUAA